AUGGAGCCGAGCUGGCUGCUGGGGGGCGCAGCCCUGCUGCUGCUCCUGCUGCUGCCCGUGCUGCUGGCGCUCAGCCCCGCCGCCCACUUCCAGCUCAAGAUCGGCUUCUACUGCGUCCUGUGCGUGGCGGCCUCGGCGCUGGCCGUCCCGCUCUGCCUGCUGCGGCACGGCGGCCGCACCGUGCGCAACAUGAGAAUCAUCAAAAAUAUCGUCAAGACCUUCAAGUAUAUUUAUGGCCUGAGGUUUGAGGCGAAAGGACUGGAGAAGUUCCAGGUCGAGGGGCCAUGUGUCAUCGUGUCAAACCAUCAGAGCAUCCUGGACAUGAUGGGGUUGAUGGAAAUCCUCCCAGAUAACUGCGUUCAGAUCGGCAAGAAGGAGCUGCUGUACACUGGCCCUGUGGGUCUGAUAAUGUACCUGGGUGGCGUCAUCUUCAUUAACAGGAAGAGUACGAGCAAUGCCAAGACGGUGAUGUCCGGAGUUGCCCAGACCAUGCUGGAUGAGAACGUGAAGGUAUGGAUAUAUCCGGAGGGCACGAGGAACGGGAAUGGUGACUUGUUACCAUUCAAGAAAGGAGCUUUUCAUCUUGCUGUUCAGGCACAGGUUCCCGUUAUUCCUGUGGUGUAUUCCUCGUUCUCUUCGUUUUACAAUCCAGCCAAGAAGCUAUUUAUAUCAGGUAAAAUCCGGGUUGAGGUGCUCCAGCCUAUUGAGACCAAGGGCCUGAAGGCCGAGGAUGUCGCCGACCUCACGGAGAGAUGCUACUGCACCAUGAGGGAGACCUUUUUCAGAUUAUCUGGCAUAGCGAGUGAGGCGAACGGCUCAACGCAGGGCCCUCAACAAUAGUAUUCCCAAAUAGCAGGGACUGAAAGGACCUAUUUCCAUUGCCAAAAUAUCCAAGGGGUUUCUCCCCUUCCUUUGCAGCAGGUUUGGGCAAAUCCUAAGCCUCUGCUUAGGGUAACCUUAGUUGACAAACCCCAUUUGUUGGGCCAGUUCUACUGUUCGGUGAAUCUCUUUUGUGGGUUCUUUCUCUCCCCUGGGGAAGUGUCUCCUGCACUCGGUUUCUCAAACACCCUACAAGAGCUAGUGCUGAUGCCCAGUGCAGUGAACUCUUCUGCAAGCUCCUGCCGCGCUCAGGUAGCUGGGACAGUAGGUGUUGCAGAACACCGUGUUAAGGUCCUGGCACCGACCACUGUAAGCCUGGCACUUGCCACAGCCAAUCCAUUGGAUGCCGAAGACCGUGUUAGGUACAUCUUUGCAGCCUCCACAUGAUUAAAACUCGCUUUCAUCCUGUCCCUAGCUGUUGGUGCUUGAGGAGGCGAGGGUGG